AUGACAGGAUACGACAAGUUGAUAAAUGCUUUGAGCAUACAGAAUGACUCCGAUUACAACACAUUGACUGGAAAUAACAAAAUCGACAAACAAGCAACAACAACAACAACAACGAGAACGACAACAACGCCAGCAUCAACAAUAGGGGAGGAAAAAUCCAAGUCGGGUGACCCACGCUUUUCAACUACAGAUGGUUUUCAACCCAUUAAUUCUGAUUUGUACUCUCUUCCACCAAUUAGUCCUACAAUGGCUGCACAAAAGCCAUGGAAAACCGAUGCAAAGUAUUUCAGCAAAUGCAAGAUUUCAUCACUUGCCCUACUCAAAAUGUGCGUUCAUGCGCAAAGAGGAGGGUCAAUUGAGGUAAUGGGGAUGUUGGUAGGUAAAGUAGUUGAUAGAACCAUUGUGGUAAUGGACACUUAUCGACUACCCGUGGAAGGAACUGAGACCAGAGUCAACGCGCAAGGAGAAGCUUACGAAUAUAUGGUGCAAUACUUGGAUUUAAAUAAAAAAGCAGGCGAGGGAAAUUCAACAGAACAGGGACAGGGACAGAGACGGAAGAAGAGAGAUGAAAACAUUGUUGGAUGGUACCAUUCACACCCUGGGUAUGGGUGCUGGCUUAGUGGGAUAGAUGUGAGUACACAAGCGUUAAACCAGAAUUUCCAAGACCCAUACUUGGCGAUAGUUGUUGAUCCUGUAAAGACCUUAAAACUGGGAAAGGUUGAUAUUGGUGCAUUCCGUACAUUGCCAGAUGGCUAUAUGGAGAAUGUAUCAGGAACUACAGGUUUGGGUUCAGCAUCAACUUCAGCUGUGUCAAAGUCAUCAAAGUUACAAAGAUUGCCCAAAUCUAAGCGUGCUGAAUUUGGAAGUCACGCAAAUCAGUACUACUCGUUAGACGUGGAGAUAUUUGAGAGCCCAUACGAUCAUGAAAUGUUGCAGCUAUUGGCAAACGAUGAUAAUGCUGCAUGGAUGAAGUUAAUUUCAGUUGAUAUAAAACCCGAGAUAAAAGCUUUCAAUACAGGAGAUCUCAAAUUUCUAAACUACUUGAGCAAUUUCCAAGUUGUUGAUGAUGGAACAAGCCAAGACGAAGAAAUUGUUGAUAUCAUCAAAAAGCUUGAAAACCAUGCAAAAAAUAAAAAUAGAGGCUUAAUAGCUAACAAUGUGUUGAAACAAGUGGGGUCAGAUUUUGAGAAUAUAAUGUACAGAAAAUUACUUCAAGGGGAUUCUAAAGAAAAAGAAGGGAUUCGCACGCGCAGAGUACGAACUUAUGAAGAGGCAGAACGAGAAGAUCAUGAUGAUGAUGAUGAUGAUGAUGAAAACGAUGAGUUGAUGGAUGAAAGUAAUUUAGACAAAGGUGACCGCGAAGGAAAAGAAUUGGGUCGAAAUAUUGGUUCAGACGAUGAUUAUGAUUAUGAUGAUGAUGAUGAUGAUGAUGAUGAUGAUGAUGAUGAUGACGAUAAUGAUGAAAAUGCAAAAACUCAAGAUUCAGCUCAAACCGAAAAUGAGGAUGACGCCGAUAAUGGCGUUGACUAUGACAAUCGUUCUGGUGGUAACGACGAGUACAUGAGCGACGAGGAUGAAAGUCGUGCGAAAACCCCUAGAUACCGUAGCCUUGGAAGACGUGGUUUGGUAAAUUCGAGGAGAUAUCCUAGUUCCAGAUCGCCACUGCGCUUAACCAGAGAAAUGAAAUUGAAUAGAGAAACCCCCUUAUCAUCAACCUUGGCACCUGACAGAUAUCUAUAUGAACGUUUAGCCCGGCCAGGAAACGAAUUCAUGCCAUUGGAUCCAUCACUAGUUCCCAAUUCACGAUUCUCACAAUUCUUAGGUGAUGUGAGAUCACGUGGAAGACGGUUGUUGCAUCAUCAGUAUCUGGCUCGAGAAGGCCCUAUUUUUGAAAGAGUAACAGGUAUGGAAGUUGAUGGUGCAUCAAGAUACACCGAGGAGCCUCUGUACGGGUUGUCAAUGCCACCUACAUCCACAACAGCAUCAGCAUCGAUUACUGGAUCUGGUACACCUUAUGCUUCAUUACGAGGUUAUCACAACUCGGCUGCUAAUUCUACUACUGCUGCUGCUGCUGCUGCUGCCGCUAAUACUAAUACUACUACCACUACUACAACAGAUCUGAUGAAAAGAAAUUAUGGUUUACUUCUCCCAGUGCAAAAUUUAGCUGCUAAGUGCAUGUGCGAGUUAGUCAAUAUUGAAGCACAAGAAAAGUUAUUGGAACAGGUAUAA